AUGACCGAUAAAAAUAUUGAAAUUCUAAAUGAAAUCAUUAAUCAAAUAACACUCUACGUACCACUGUUAAUCAUUAUAAGUGGAACAAUUGGUAGUCUCUGUAAUGUUAUUACAUUUACAUCAAGACAAUUGCGUUUUAGUUCAUGUGCAUUUUAUUUUUUAUGUUCAACAAUAUUUGAUCUUCUUUAUUUAUUAUUCGGUGGAAUAACACGUCUGAUGAUUGAUCAUUUUUCUAAUAUGUUACUUAAUAGAUCAGUUCUACUUUUUUCGCAACAUCGCAAUAAACUUAAAUUUAUUUGUGAAGCAUAA